CAUUAAUAUUGAUGUUGAUGAUUUUUUUUCUUCUUGCUAAUUAAGGAUUAUUGUCGUGAAAAACAUGGUCUUGAGUUCCAGGUCGUCGAUAUGAGGUGGGGGGUGCGCGACGAAAGUACAGAUGAUCAUAUGACAACGGAACUAUGCAUGAAAGAGAUCGAAAACUGUCAACGAUUAUCAAUGGGUCCAAAUUUUGUCGUCUUUUUGGGUCAAAAGUAUGGCUAUCGACCGAUACCAACAUAUAUUUUAUCAUCUGAACUACAGCUUUUGCGGGAUGAACUGACUACUUUAAAUGUUGAUGGUAAUUUGCUAGACAUGUGGUAUAAGAAGGAUUCGAACGCUGUUCCUCCUAUAUCAGUGCUUCAACCAAUAUCUUCAAUUCUAGUUAAUUUUAAUAAUAAGAGAGUUCCAAAGUUACAAGCUGAGGACCAGGCAGUGUGGUGGGAUACAUUGGGUAAAAUGCAAAAAAUUCUGCGGAAAGCAGCGGCAUCACUAUGUGGAUCUGGUGCUAUUGAUAAAGAUCAAAUGCACAAUUACUUUAUGUCAGUGACGGAAAGAGAAGUUAUUAAUGGAAUUUUGAACGUAAAGAACAAUAUUCAUUAAUUUAAUAUGUAU